AGGAGCCUGGGGACUCUGUGGAAGUUUUCGCGCUGAUGCAGAAAGAAAGUCGCUGAAUGGAUAAAUAAGGAUGGCCUUGCUCCUGGUCUCCUUGCUGGCAUUCUUGGGCACGGGAUCUGGAUGUCAUCACUGGCUGUGUCAUUGCUCUAAUAGGGUCUUUCUCUGCCAAGACAGCAAGGUGACAGAGAUUCCGACCGACCUCCCCCGGAACGCCAUUGAACUGAGGUUUGUGCUCACCAAGCUUCGAGUCAUCCCAAAAGGAUCAUUUUCUGGAUUUGGAGACCUGGAGAAAAUAGAGAUCUCUCAGAAUGAUGUCUUGGAAGUAAUAGAGGCAGAUGUGUUCUCCAACCUACCCAAGUUGCAUGAAAUUAGGAUUGAAAAAGCCAACAAUCUUCUGUACAUCAACCCGGAGGCCUUCCAGAAUCUCCCCAGUCUCAGAUAUCUGUUAAUAUCCAACACAGGCAUUAAGCAUUUGCCAGCUGUUCACAAGAUCCAGUCUCUCCAAAAGGUUCUACUAGACAUUCAAGAUAACAUAAACAUCCACAUCGUUGCCAGGAACUCCUUCAUGGGACUGAGUUUUGAAAGUGUGAUUUUAUGGCUGAGUAAGAAUGGGAUUGAAGAAAUACACAACUGUGCAUUCAACGGAACCCAGCUAGAUGAACUGAAUCUAAGCGAUAACAAUAAUUUGGAAGAAUUGCCUAAUGACGUUUUCCAGGGAGCCUCUGGGCCAGUCAUUUUAGAUAUCUCAAGGACAAAGGUCCAUUCCUUACCGAACCAUGGCUUAGAAAAUCUGAAGAAGCUGAGGGCCAGGUCAACAUACCGCUUGAAAAAGCUCCCUAAUCUGGACAAGUUUGUCACCCUCAUGGAGGCCAGCCUCACCUACCCCAGCCACUGCUGUGCUUUUGCAAACUUGAAGCGGCAAAUCUCUGAACUUCAUCCAAUUUGCAACAAGUCUAUUUUAAGGCAAGAUAUUGAUGAUAUGACUCAAGUUGGGGAUCAGAGAGUCUCUCUGAUAGAUGAUGAACCCAGUUAUGGAAAAGGAUCUGACAUGAUGUACAGUGAAUUUGAUUAUGACUUAUGUAAUGAAGUUGUUGAUGUGACCUGCUCACCAAAGCCAGAUGCAUUUAAUCCAUGUGAAGAUAUCAUGGGGUACAACAUCCUCAGAGUCUUGAUAUGGUUUAUUAGUAUCCUGGCCAUUACUGGGAACACCACAGUGCUGGUGGUCCUGACCACAAGCCAAUACAAGCUAACUGUGCCCCGGUUCCUUAUGUGUAACCUCGCCUUCGCUGAUCUCUGCAUAGGCAUCUACUUGCUACUUAUAGCAUCAGUUGACAUCCAUACCAAGAGCCAGUACCACAACUAUGCCAUCGACUGGCAAACAGGAGCAGGCUGCGAUGCUGCUGGCUUUUUCACUGUCUUUGCCAGUGAACUGUCAGUCUACACACUGACAGCCAUCACCCUAGAAAGAUGGCACACCAUCACACAUGCCAUGCAACUGGAAUGCAAGGUGCAGCUCCGGCAUGCUGCCAGCGUCAUGGUGUUGGGCUGGACUUUUGCCUUCGCAGCUGCUCUCUUCCCCAUCUUUGGCAUCAGUAGCUACAUGAAAGUGAGCAUCUGCCUGCCCAUGGAUAUCGACAGCCCUUUGUCACAGCUGUAUGUUAUGGCCCUCCUUGUCCUCAAUGUCCUGGCCUUUGUGGUCAUCUGUGGCUGCUAUGCCCACAUCUACCUCACAGUGAGGAAUCCUACAAUUGUGUCCUCAUCAAGCGACACCAAGAUUGCCAAGCGCAUGGCCACACUCAUCUUCACAGACUUUCUCUGCAUGGCCCCCAUUUCAUUCUUUGCCAUUUCUGCCUCCCUCAAGGUGCCGCUCAUCACUGUGUCCAAGGCCAAAAUUCUCCUAGUUCUGUUCUACCCCAUCAAUUCUUGCGCCAAUCCUUUCCUCUACGCCAUUUUCACCAAGAACUUCCGCAGGGACUUCUUCAUCCUGCUGAGCAAGUUUGGCUGUUAUGAAAUGCAAGCCCAGAUUUACAGGACAGAAACCUCAUCCGCUACCCACAACUUCCAUGCCAGAAAGAGCCCCUGCUCCUCAGCUCCCAGAGUCACCAAUAGUUACGUGCUUGUCCCUCUUAAUCAUUCAUCCCAGAACUAAAAAUCAAUGUGAAAAUGGAUCCUCACCUUGAAAGACAAUUAUGACUCCUUCUGAAGAGCAGGCCAUGGACUAGGUGGCAGUGUUACUGCACAUCUCAUCUAAUUUAAUCUCUCUGGGUGUGUGCAUGGCAGACUGAUCAGGGACCAUUAAUGUCCCAAGUGGCUCAUCUAAGAACUGAAUUAUUGGUAACAGCAAUUAAAACAAUGCGAUACCG